AUGCUUAGACGACUCGGUAAACAACAACAACAUAUCCUUCGCCUGGCUUUGAAUAGCAAACUUGUGACAACCACAAGGUUGCCGAUUUUGAGACUUCCACGUAUUCUGGGAACCACAGUUACUAGAUUUUAUUCAAUAAGCACACAAGGCGAAAAUCUUGAUGGCAAAAUUGAUCAGAUUUCAGACGGAGAGUACAACAAGAUUUCUAACGAGUAUCUUGAAAAUUUGACUGAUGAAUUGGAAACUUUGAGUGAAGACUAUGAACAAGUAGAUGCUGAGCUUAGUCAUGGAGUUUUGACUUUGACCUUACCUCCAAACGGAACAUACGUUAUCAACAAACAACCUCCAAACAAACAAAUAUGGCUCAGCUCACCAAUUAGUGGACCUAAACGGUACGAUUUAAUACAGGGCCAAUGGAGAACUUUGAGAGAUGGAAGCUUGCUUACAGAAUUGUUGCAACAAGAAAUAGCGGAAGCUCUUAAAAUAGGCUUUGAGUUUGAAUCAGUUAGCUCGUAA